AUGAGCAAAGACAAGCCGACAAUGCCGAUCCCUAGAUCACCGGUAAAAGGGGCUAAAAAACAAACCGCGAGCGAGGAAAUAAACGUGAUUACGCAAGUAACGGCGGAAGCGGAACGGCUUAAGGAACAGAAUAGCAAGUUACGCGAAGAAAUGGAAUACCUGAAAGAAAAGUUAGAAGAUUUAAAAACGGAUAGGGAAAAUGGACCAGGAAAAUCGGAGGACGAUUGCGCGAGAGAAUCGAGCGCGCGAAGACGACGCAAUAGAACGUAUCAAACGCGAGAAAAUACCGCGUACGCGAGAAAUAGUCUAGGAGAGGGAAAUACAAACAUGUUAGAAAACAUUAGAUUACCGCGGGGCGGGUGGUUAAUGGACCCAUUCGCGGAGAUAAAAUAUAAGGGAAGAGAGGAUGGACAAAAUCCAAUAAAGUUUCUUAGAAAAUUCGAGAAGAUCGCGGAAUACGAAAAUAUCGAUUAUAAAGACCAGUUACAUUACUUUAAGAAAUGUAUGAAGGGAAACGCGAGUAAUUGGAUAGAGGUAAACGAUCCGGACUAUAUAGAAAAAGCGAAAGAAUCUUUCCGGGAAUAUUUCUGGGGGGACGAACAACAAGCGAGAUUUCGAAAAAAUCUAUAUACCGGGAAAUACAGAUCGGAAAAGGGAGAAACGAUGGCGGAAUACGCGAUAAGCCUUGCGAAACAGGCAAAGUAUUUAGAACCACCGAUGAGCGAUCACGAGAUAAUUAGGUGCGAGAAAAGACAUUUUGGAAACGAAAUUGCGCGAGAAAUACAACCGUCGACCGCGAAAUCAAUCGGCGAGUUAACCAGUCUAUUAGAUGAUAUGGAAUAUGAGAAAAAGAUAGUUAAGCAAUCGAGAAGACAGAAUACGGAAGAAAAUCAGUUAAAUGCGAGGAAAACAGUAUACCGAAGUUACGCGACGGUGAAUCAGAGAGGAAGAUGGAUAGAAAAAAAUAGGGAAAAAAGGCAAUCGUCGGUACAGAUUUCGGAAAUACCGAAUAGCGAAGGGGGUAACGAGAAUAAAAGAGUCGUAAGAUACAAUAGAAAUACAGCGCGAGAUAGGAUAAAGGAAGACAAAAUAGUACCGAAGGCGCAGACAACAAAGAAACGCGUCGCGGCGAGUAAAAUUAAACGCGGCGAGACAAUAGAGAAAGAAAAAUAUAGCGCAGAGGAAGAAAGCGAAAUAGAAUCUCAGGAAGAAGAUAGAGAAAGCGAAUCAGCAAUUGCGAUCAUAAGAAGAGAAAAUAUAUUAAAAGAUGUAGACGAGGUAUUCUACGAAGAUCAAGCGAAAAUAAAAGUACAGAAAGGACCGUUCGUAACAGCGACGUUCAAUAAAUUAAACGUAAAGUGCUUGAUCGAAACAGGAGCACAAGUAUCCGCGAUGAGCAAGGAAAUAUACGAUCAAUUGAAACAAAACGGGAUCAAAAUGAAAAUACAACCGGUAGAGAAGAUGCAACUAGUAGGCGCGUUUUUAAGAAAGGCAAUUAAAAUAUUAUUUAGAACCACGAUAGAGUUUAAAAUUGAAAAAGCAAGGUUCGAGCAGGAGAUUUUAGUCGUAGACAAACUAAUACACGACAUAGUGCUCGGAAUAGACUUUAUAUGUUAUCGUAACGCCGCGAUACAAUGCGGGGAUAACGGAAUAGAGAUAGAACUCGAAUCCGAGGACCGAAAAUCGUAA